AUGGCCGAUACUUUGCCUAGGCCAGAUGAUCUAGAAGCUACUUGGAACUUUGUAGAGCCUGGCAUUCACCAAAUUUUGGGCCGUGACGGAACACCCUCUUCUGCACUGAAGAGAGUCGAUAAGGUGCUUUCGCCAGCUAUGUAUAUGGAAGUUUACACGGCAAUCUACAACUAUUGUGUCAAUAAGUCGAGCUCUGCAGGCCAGUUCAAUACGGACAACAGUAGACAAAACCAGUCGUCACUAUUAGUGGGAGGAGAAAUUUACCAGAAGCUACAAAACUGCUUGCAGGAAUACUUGUCAAAUUUGGAAAGGAGUCCUAAUGAAGGUUUCUUGCAUUUCUAUGUGAGACGCUGGAAACGGUUCACCGUGGGCGCUAUCUUCUUAAAUCAUGCUUUCGACUACAUGAAUCGUUACUGGGUCCAGAAGGAGCGUAGCGACGGCAAGAGGCAUAUUUUCGAUAUUAACACAUUGUGUUUGAUGACUUGGAAGGAAGUAAUGUUCGACCAAAAUGUUGACCAACUAGUUCAGGAGGUUUUACAGAUAAUAACUUUGCAACGGGAUGGUUGCGCAAUUUCUCACACGGAUACGAACGUUGCAAUACGCUCAUUUGUGGCUCUGGGAAUUGAUCCACAAGAUCUCAAGAAGCUCAAUUUGAAUGUCUACAUACAACAUUUCGAAAAGCCUUUCUUGGAGUACACACGCGCUUAUUACAAGAGAUUCUCCACUCAAUAUUUAGAGAAUCGCAGCGUUGCUGAGUACAUAUUUGCCGCUCAGGAAAAGAUUAAAGACGAAGAAACUAAGAUUGUGCUUUACCUAGACGAACACACCAAGAAGUUGCUAUCCGAAGCUUUGAAUGCCGUCCUAAUUACUGACCACUCGCAGGCUCUCGAAGGCGAAUUUGUUGCUUUGUUGGACUCUAGAGAAGAAAGUAAAAUUUCUACGCUUUACAAUCUGAUGCAAAGAGACAUACUACUGCUGCCCAAAUUGGCUCAAGCCUACGAGGAGUAUGUGAAGAAAACAGGUGAGCAGGAGAUUUCAAGCUUAAUUACAGAACACAAAGCAAAGCUCAGUGAUUCUAUGGAUGAACAAGCUCCUCUCAAGAAAUCGGCUAUGAACUUCAUCAUUCCGCCAAACGAAUAUGUCAGAAAAUUGAUUGAAGUUUACGAAACUUUCGUUAAAAUAACCAGAGACUGUUUUCAAAACGGCCCGCUGUUCACCAAGGCUCUCGAUAAUGCCUGCCGCGCUUAUAUCAAUGUUAAUGAACUUGCAAUUCCUCUUGGCUCUCCUAAAUCAGCAACCUCUAAAACGCCCGAAAUGUUAGCCAAGUAUAGUGAUCAAUUGUUAAAGAGGUCGACUAGGGCAACAGAUUCGAAUUCCGAGCUCUCUGCAGACGACAUCAUGACCAUUUUCAAAUUUUUGACCGACAAAGAUGCCUUCGAGACCCACUACAGACGGUUGUUUGCGAAACGUUUAAUUCAUGGAACAUCUACAUCAGAGGAAGACGAAGAAGCUGUUAUUCAACGUCUCCAAAGUGAGAAUAGCAUGGAGUAUACUGGAAAGAUAACCAAAAUGCUGCAGGACAUCAGAUUAUCAAAGCAGCUCGAAAAAGAAUUCGAGAGCGCCAUCAAAAUUACUCCGGAUUACAGCAGAUCGAAAUACCCAGACUUUCAACCAUUCGUGUUGGCUGAGACCAUGUGGCCAUUCUCGUUCCAGGACGUGGAUUUCAAUUUGCCAGAGGAAUUGAUUCCUACUCACACAGGGCUCGAAAAACUGUACACCAACAAACACAGUGGCAGAGUUCUAAAGUGGCUAUGGCCACUGUGCCGGGGUGAGAUGGUUGCUGACAUCGGUAAGCCAGGAAAAGCGCCUUUCGUUUUCACAGUCACUCUAUUUCAAAUGACUAUUUUGUUGCUCUUCAACGAAAAAUCGACUCUGACACUGGAAGAGAUUCAGGAACACACCAACAUUAGCACAUCUAACAUUGCAUCGUCCAUGAUUCCAUUCAUAAGAUGGAAGCUUGUCCAGCAGUCUCCGCCAGGUUUGGACGCUUUGGCUAAGCCGGACACUGUGUUCAAAUUAUCAACGCCAUACAAGGCUCUCAAAACCAAAAUCAAUUUUGCUGCUGGUGUCAAAAGUGAGGUGCCUGGUCUUGCCGGCGGAAACGGCAAAGGUGCCGAAAUUACUGAAGUACAGAAGAUUGAAAAGGAACUCAACACCGAACGUCAAAUAUUUCUGGAAGCCUGCAUAGUACGGAUCAUGAAGGCCAGACGAAAGCUUCCUCAUGCCACAUUAGUCAACGAAUGCAUUGCCCAAUCACACCAACGUUUCAAUGCCAAGGUAUCCCUGAUUAAGAGAGCUAUUGACAAUCUCAUUGCCAAAGAAUAUCUACAAAGGUGUGACGACGGCGAAUCCUACGAAUAUUUGGCAUAG